CAGACUUCUUUCACCUCAUCAUCACUUGGGGGUUUGCUGCCUGCCCCUACACUUUCACAAGUUUCCGUUUCUCCCUCUCCCUCUCAUCUCUUCAUCGCUCGCUCGCACUACUCUCUUCUCUUGUUCUCCUUAGCUCCGGUCUUUGGCACUCCUGUCUCCUUUCCGCUUCUCACUUCAGCGGGCUCUGAGUGAGCGAGUGCGUGUGCUUGUGCGUGAGCGAGCGAGCGAGCGAGCGAGAGCGCUGGCUUGCUUCCUUGCUUCUUCCUUUUCCCUCUUCCCUCUUGACUUACUCGCUCACCUCCUCCCUUCGAGUCGAGUCGUAAGGAGCAGGCGAUUGGGGCGAGUUCACGCUAAGUGUCCAACGCUUCCCUUGUCCACUUUUAUUCUGCUCGGUGCGGGAGCGAGAGGGAGACAGUGCGAGAGACAGUGAGAGGGAGGGAGGGAGGGAGGGAGAGAGUGACAGAGAGAGAGAGAGUGUGCGUUCUCGUGUGGUGUUGUGGGGGGUGUUGUGGGGGAGGAGGGUGCCGGGGGCGGAAUUGUCCUCAAUGGAUUGAGAGAAUCGGAGAUUUCCCUGUCGCCUCAUUCUUUUUGGGAUUCGCUCGCGCUGCCAGCGGACGGGUGGGCGGUGAGACGACGUGAUAGAGCGGGCGCUCACGUGAAUGAUUUCGGGCGAGCUCGUAUCCGGCUACUGAGCACGGAGCAAUGCGUUUUUGGGGGUCCAGGAACAAGUCAGAGGAAUUGUGUAUGUCAUCGAGAGGGGAUAUCUAGAGUUUAUAAUCCGACGUAAUAUAUUAUCGCUCGCUCGCUCGCUGCCGCUGCUGCCUGUGCUGCGCGCCUCGCAUGUCGAUUGGGCCCGAGCAGCAGCAACGACGUGGGGGAGGAGGAUUUAUGGUCUAGUCCGCGCCUCGGCUGGACCCGCCAGGGAGUCGGUGCGUCGCAGCAAAUUUUGACAUUGGAAGCUAUCGAGCGCCGCGGAUUAGAUCUUCCGACCUGCGGCCCGGCGGAACGAUCUCGCACUCCAGCAGCCGCAGCAGCUGGUCACGUGCGCCAUCGGGCUCAUGUGAUAGACACAAGAUCCAGCGGAGGGGCACGGAUGGAAAUUGAGUUCUGGAGCACCCCGAUGUGAAUUCACAGGCUUCGCAACGCAACGCAACGCAGCUCUCCACUUGCGCGCGGCUCUCUCUCUCUCUCUCUCUCCCUCUCGUCCCGACUCGACCCGACGACGACGACGCGACGACGAGGGUCAUCAGCGAGCGCGAGCCUUAUGUGAAUCGGGUGAUCGAACAGAUUGGGGAGUAGAGGAGGCGGGGGAGGAAAAUUAGCCAGGGGUUAUACACAGCAGUCACAACGGCCAAGGUCGCCCGAGGUGGGUAUGUGUACAUGGCGGGGGUGGAUCAUGCCACCGGUAUCCCUCAUGGCCACGACCAAAAUCAAUCGAUGCAUCCGCGCGAUCAGCAACCGCACACGUCCGAGGACGAGAACAGCGGCAGCAGCGGACCUGGCAGAGGGAAGAAGCGAGGCAAGAUUGAGGGGAAGCCUGGCGGGCCGCCUGUGGGGCAGGAGGGCACAGGGGGGCGCAAGCCGCGCGGUAGGCCACCAGGAUCGAAAAAUAAGCCCAAGCCCCCAAUCUACAUAACGCGCGACACCGGCAGCGGCAUGAGGCCGCAUGUGCUCGAGGUGCAAGGGGGCAGCGACGUCGGGGAGAGCGUCGCGGCCUUCGCCCGGAGGCGGGGGCGCGGCGUGUGCGUGCUCGGGGGCAGCGGCACGGUGGCCAACGUCACGCUCCGGCAGCCGGCGGCCCCCGGCGCCACCGUGACCUUCCAUGGCCGCUUCGACAUUCUGUCGCUGUCGGGCGCGUUUCUGCCCCCGCCGGCGCCGACGAGCGCCGCGGGGCUGACCAUCGCGCUGGCCGGGGCCGCCGGGCAGGUCGUGGGGGGCACGGUGGUGGGGGGCCUGCAGGCCGCAGGCCCCGUGCUGGUGAUCGCGGCGUCGUUCCAGGGCGCGACGUUCGACCGAUUGCCGCUGCCGGACGAGGGCGACGACGGGCAAGGCCAUCCCCAAAUUACGCAGGGGUCCGAGUACGGCGGUGCGCUGUAUAGUGUGAACCCGCAGAUGGGUGUCAGUGCAUGCCAACUCACGAGUUCGGACGUGAAUGUGAUGUCCUGGGCCACCGCUCCACGCCCUCCUCCCUACUGAAGAAACGAAAAGUCAUUGCUUUGCUCGCCUCCUACCAAGGUCACGCUCGAGUUGUCCUCGACGUCCCCAUGCCAGACAGGAGAUGGAGAUUUGUUCAUCAGGGCCCAUGCAUUGAAACUCCUGCAAGUUUAUCAUAGACGGCAUCAAUUCACCCGCUCUCGACUCGACACUGGUUCUCUCUCAGGCUAGGGAUGCACAUGCAGGCAGGCAGGCAGGCAGGCAGGCAGGCAGUUGCGUGUCGCCGCAGCAGCAGCUGCAGCUGUGUUCUUUUCGUUUCUUCUCCCCCGACGAGCCAGCCACAGCCACAGCCACCGCACCGCACAGCCAGCAGCAGCCGCAGCAGCAGCAGCAGCAGCCCGCCCCACUGUUGUAGUACGCGCCAGGACGACACAUUUGGAUUGAUCUGUACAAUAUAGAGCAGCGGCCAUCUCUCACUUUCACGGUUGUGACGUCCUGCCAUUCAUCAACCGACCGCUCGCCUCGCUUCGCCUCACGAGUGCGACGCCACAAGCUGAGAGUCUUUCAUGGGAGGUUUGAACUUGAUUGUGAUCACCCUCCCCUUUCCCCUUUCCCACCCUUCCUUAACUUCCGCUUGUCCGUCCUCUAUUUUUCUUUUUAUUUUUCACUUCCCUUACUUCCCACAUCAUCUUCUUGACAAACACCACCGAUAUCGUCAUUCCAUUCGCCUUCCUCCGUCUCCGACUCCAUCUCCACCUCCAUUCUACGCUGCGUAUACCCUCCUGUCCUGUCCUGACCUGCCCUCGCCUUCCCUUGCCUUGCCUUCCCGUCCGUUUAAUUGCUCCAUCCCCGUCUCCCUCUCCCUCUCCCCCUCCCUAUUUCUGUCUGUCUGCCUCGGGCACACACGCACGUAACUAGGAAUGUGGCAUCGUAAAGCAGUCAAGUAAAUGUAGCAGAAAUCGAGAGAUAGUACAGUAGAUGUGCUGGUCAGGUUUGGCAUGGCAUAAAGUGCAGUUACGCCCAAUUUUUCAUUGUUCUUCCUCUCGCUCUUCUGAAGCUGAUGCAGCACAGCAACACUUUUAUGAACAGGAAGGAUGCGCCUGCAUUAGUCGGACGACUGAGAGCAAAGCAGGGGAUGUAAGGAUCAGCUUAAUGUAAGGAAUUUGCUCGAGUCAAACCGCUCGGUUUGUUGGGUGUGUCUGUGAUGGGCGUAUGAAGUUUCGACCGGGGCUUGAUUCAUUAUCCCUCAAAUAAGCACAAAUAAAGCGAAGGACGGCAUUGGCGCCCGGCGCCCGCUGCUGCUCGUCGCUUUACCCGGAGAGGAGGGAGGGGGAGAGAGGCGGGACUAAAUGUUUGUCAAGUGGGACCUCAGGAUCAGAUGUAAUUCAUAGAGCAGUAAAGUAGCAGAAAUCAUCAUCAUCAUCAUCAUCAUCAGAAAUAAAAGGAGAUGCGGAUUAAAGCAUCUAUAUUUCGAAGCCCUGAGACUGCAGUUUGGUCGGUCCAAACUCCACAAUCUCCGUGUCUCUCCGCUCCUUCGAUCCUCUCUCGCCCCGUCUCAUCCUCCCGCCCAAUUCCCCUCGUCUUUUUUCUUUUCUUUUCUGCUCUCCUCUCCUCUCCUCUCCUCUCCUCCCAUCUCCCUGUGUCUGCGUAGAUCCUGAGGCGGUGUCCCUGUGGGUGGAAGUGAAGGUCCGGUCGCUACUCUACCUGUGCAUGGUCUCUCGUCCUCUCCUCGUUCAAUCCACUCGUGUGCGUUCUGGUGCUCGAACCAUCCAUCCCGAGAGGUCUGUCUGAACUCAUGCCGUCUGCAACAAUGAGGCAGCCAUGUGAACACUUCGAGUAGUUGAAAUUGUGAUUGCUUUAUUUACACUAACUUCAGCCGCUUCCCCACCAGCAGGAGUGGUGAUCGGGGGUAAUGUCAUACUUUCGAUACUUUUAAUAAUCGUUUACUUGGAAAUUUCAGCCUCUGUGCUAUUUUUGCUUUCGAAUCCGUGCGCGUCUCAUGUUGAAUGCUAGAUUUUUCCUUCUCGUUCGCCUCCGCCGCUUGAAUUUCGUCCGAGUUGAAUUCCUUCUUAUUUUUGACGAUUGCAAUUCCGCUACUGGGACGAUUUCAAUCGCGUGCACAAACGGACCGGACCGGACCAGACCGGACCAGACCAGACCAGGCCAGG